AUGUUUGUCGAUUACACAAAACCACCGUUCAUAGACAUCACACUACCGCCCGCCAUCAUCAUACCAGCAUAUGCGCUGAUUUCAUUGUAUGUCGUCGUAUGUGCUGUUGACUUUUUCCUGCUACGUAACGAACGUCAUUUCGCAUCUAUCAUAUCGCCCAAACAGCUGCGAAUUGCCAUGGCCGUCAUUCACAUCCUGAUACCCAUGGUCUUUAUUACCAGCUAUCCGCCUGCCAACGUGCUAUUGGCUGCUACGCCAUGGUUCUUAGCAUCGUAUUCUGCGCACAUGCCAACGGAUCAACUCACCAUCAAACGCUACGUCUACACCAUUUUCAAGAUAACCAUUGAUGACGAUGCUAACCAGCCCCCAUCCAACACCAAGGUGAGAGUGAAGGGCGCUGCGAAGAUGGCUCUGGGUGUAUUCAAAAUCGCAUUCAUGCAUCUCAUGAUCGAUCCUCUGCUACCGCGUCAUCCAGAUUAUGCAUUAGAGUAUCCUUGGUAUAGUGCAGCCAGUAUGAUGUAUACAGUGCUGUUUGGUGUUAAGGCGUAUUGCAUGUUGGGCAUUGUGGAUGUGUUUAUGGGAAUGGAACAGCUUUUGUUUGCUUGGAAUAUGGUCACUGUAUUCAACUCUCCUAUUAUAGCAUACAGUCCCAGGGAUUUCUGGAGUCGACGAUGGAACAGAGUGGUUCGAAAUUUAUUGCAUGCACAAGUAUUCAAGCCAAAGAGCACAGCAACUGCGGAUGGUAGCAAAUCUGAUACAGCAUCUACCGUAGUAGCAUUGAAGAAAGAGGAAGCACCAAAGCAGAAGAGAGGCACAAAGAAAGCAAUACAGAAAACCAUCACCACUUCUAUUACAACAACAACGACUACAACCACCAAGCGAAUGACUCGAGCAGCAGCCAAAGCAGCCGCCAAAGCACAAGUCAUGGAGGCAGAGAUCAGGACGCAAGCCGGGAUCAAUGUUGAAUCCUCCACCACAGACGACGAAGAAGAGGACAAGAAGGAUCAUGAUGUCAUGGUAGCACAUGAUGGAUCAGCCAAACAACAGUUGCCUAAAGAGUCGUUUUGGACAACACGUCAUGGUAGAGGACUCUUAGCAUUCAUCAUCAGUGGCAUCUUCCACGAGUUGAUCAUCAUGAGUGCUUGUAGACACAUAACGUUAGAGAACUUGCUCUUCUUUUCGUUACAAGGCGCUGCAGUGAUGCUUGAAGUGGAGCUUCGACAAGGCAAGCUCAAGCAGGAACCUACAGGCAUUGUGCGCGUUGGCUGUGUGGCGCUGCAAUUAAUAUUCAUGUCUAUCACUGGUAGAUUAUUUACCGGCCCAUUUCUUAGAUAUCAUUUUUUCCCAGAGAACCUUUUUGUUUGA